UAUACUUAAUUGUUAAAUUAAAAGAAUCAAUUACGUUUACAAUUAUUGGUACACAAUGUAUUAUUAUGAUAUAAGACUCUACAAUGGGAAAACAAUAAAAUACAAUAAAGAAUAGAAAAAGAGAAAAAGUUCUCCUCAAAUUAGGGGGAUAAAGUAAGCUCCAUGAUAGUUUGAAUUGGGCAUUAGUGUAAAAGCGAAGAAAAGAAACAAUUUUAAAAAAAGAAAACUAUUUUUCAGUUUUGUAAAGUUCACACGUCAAAAUUAUCAAAAUAGCAGUAAAAAAAAAAAAAAAAAAACAAGCUGAGUCAGCUGACAUAUUCAAGCCGACCAGUCCGGGUCGGGUUCAAAGGGAAAGUGGUUAAUUGAAUUUGAAGGGAUGCAAUAAUUAAAAAAAAAAACAAGAACAAAAACAAAAAAACUGGAACUGGCAGCUGGGAGCUCACGGCUUCGUACCUCAGUCGUCCAAUGCUCUGUAGAAGCAGAAAUGGAGCUUUUUCUUUCUCCGCAAAAGCUCUCAGGAUCUUCACACACUCUCUCCACUCAUCUUCUUCCUCAAGCUUCAAAUCUAAUCCCGAAAUCCCCAGAAUCACCGCCAGGAAACCCGCUCCUGUCCCAGCAUGGGUCCAGGGGGAUUUAGCUUUACGAACAGUAAGUUCUUCUGAUGCUAAUUCCAUUUGCUCUCUACUUUCUGACCAAUCCCUUCAGUGUAACGAUUUUGAUUGCUUGUUGAAGGAUUAUAAGGAGAAAUUAGAUUCUCAUCUUGUGCUUCAGGUCGUGUCGAAUUAUAGACAAUUGGGAAGAAUUAAGACUCUGGAGUUCAUUUCUUGGGCUGGAGGGCAAAUGGGUUUUCAGUUUGAUGACUGUGUGAUUGAGUACAUGGCUGAUUUUUUGGGAAGGAGGAAGCUUUUCGAUGAUAUGAAGUGUUUCUUGUUAACAUUGUUGUCUCACAACUGUAGGGUUUCAUGCCGGGCUUUUGGAACUUGCAUUAGGUUUUUGGGUAGGCAAGGGCGGGUUAGAGAAGCCCUUUGUUUGUUUGAAGAAAUGGAGGCAGCAUUUAGGUGUAAAGCUGAUAAUUAUGUGUAUAAUAAUAUGCUUUAUGUGCUUUGUAAGAAGGAGACAUCUGGGGAAUGGAUUGAUGUUGCCCUCAGUAUAUUUUGGAGGAUUGAAUCACCGGACAUCUAUUCAUAUAGUAAUAUCCUUGUUGGAUUAUGUAAAUUUGGUAGGUUUGAGACUGCCCUUGGGGUUUUUCGCGCAAUGGACAGGGCCGGUUUUGUUCCGACAAGGUCUGCAGUGAACAUUCUAAUUGGGCAGUUGUGUUUUUUGAGUGCAAAGGAAGGAUCAAUUGAGAAAGUUAGGAUGAAGAAUGUGUCUAGACCCUGUACGAUUUUGGUUCCAAAUGUGGGCACAAAGGUUGGUAGUAAUGCUAUAGAGUCUGCAGUGGGUGUGUUUUGGGCAGUUUAUGAUGUGGGUUUGUUACCUAGUUCAUUUGUCAUAAUUCAACUGUUAAAAGAGUUAUGUCGAGCGGUGGAAAUGAAAGAAGCAUUUCAGGUUUUAAAGGUUGUUGAGGAAAGAAAGAUGAGUUGCUUGGACGAGGGUUAUUCCAUUCUGAUGCAGGCUCUAUGUGAACAUAGUUGGGUUGAGGAAGCUGACCACUUGUUUGGUAGAAUGCUGUCUCAUGGAUUGAUGCCAAAAUUAGUUGUUUAUAAUUCCUUAAUUUCCAUGCUUUGCAAACUGGAUAAAUUGGAUGAUGCUGAAACGGUCUUCAAGAUUAUGACAAACAAGAGAUGUAAUCCUGACAGUGUAACCUAUACUGCUUUAAUUCAUGCUUAUGGUGAAGCUAGGAAUUGGGAAGCAGCGUACCAUUUGCUGAUAGAAAUGUUGGGCCUUGGUUUGAUUCCACAUUUUAACACAUUUACUUUGGUGGAUAAAAUUUUGAGGGAAAAGGGGCGUACUGAUUUAUGUGCCAAAUUGGAAGGUAAAAUGGAAACACAAAUCUUGCUCAAGCACUGCAGAGCAGGUCAACUGAAAGAUGCAUAUCAGAAACUUAACUCAAGGAUGGGAAAGGGUUUCUGUCCUCCUAUGCAUGUAUGUGAUGCUUUCAAAAAUGCAUUUCAAAAAUAUGGUAAAUUAAACAAAGCUCUUGAACUACUUGAGAGGUUGGAUGGAGACCUCCUGAGAAAUAAAAAAUUGGAAGUUGACUAGCUAAGAAAAAGCAGCAAGUCUAUUUAACUUGUUCUCUGUCAUCUGAUAUUUGAAAGGAAGGAACUAGGUUACUAAGUUUAUGAGUUCAUGUAUCACAGAGUUAAGAUGCUAGCUAGUGUUCUCCCUUCUUUAAUUGGGUUCUUCUAUGAGAUUUAUCUUACCUCAGCAAGGGCUGCUGGGGAGAUCCAGAGCAUGCACCUGGCACUUGAAUUUCUCUCUCUCUCACGGGGGGUUGUCAAAUUAGAGUUUUCCAUACUUGUCUAGCAUGUUUGAGAAGCUUGCUUGAUCUUAAGGACAGCAUGCAUUUGUAGAUAUGUGCCUGAUGGUGCUGAGUAUCUUGAAGCCUAACUUCAUUUUACCAGUCCAUUAUUAUUAUUAUUUUUUAACAGCAAAAAACACCUACAAUCCAUUAUUGAUUGCAUCAGUGGAUUGUGUAUUUGAUGUUGUGGACUAUGCAGGAAAACUUCAUUAGUGAUGCAAUUGGAUCUCCAUUACUUUCCUUCAGCAUGAAGCCAGCAUGUGCAGUCGUUUAUGGUGAAGAGAGAGUUUAUGGUAUAUAUGGUUUAACUUUGAAAUAAAUUUGGAAAGAACUCAGAUUCUACUCUUUACUUUGUGGUGAUUAUUGGUUGGGGUCUUCUCUUACCCCGCACUGCAUUAUAAAAUGGUUGCGGAAACACAAUCUGCACUAGUUUGGAAACUUGACCCCCAUUUGAAGGAUCAAUUUUCUUUAACGACACGGUUUCUUGUGCUUUUUAGCUGUAACCUGCUUAAGCUACCUUCUAAUAGAACAUGAUUGAAUUACUCAUGGAAAGCUAAGUUGUCUACCUGGACAUGCUGUCAAGUUAUGUAAACCGUCAUGAAAGAUUCAUGUUGGCUUGAUUUUGAAGUUGAUAUUUUGUAAAGUAUUUUUCUGUGAACUCAGAUCAAACUUGGAUUAGGCAAUGUAAUCCUGGUCUGUUCUAUUAAGUAUUCGCACAUUAUGGAAAGGUGGAAUGGCAGCUCUCAUCUUUGCCAUGUCUAGUACCCGUUUGUCCCUGCAAAGUGAUUCAUUGAUGAAUCUUAUAUGUACCCUUGUAGCAACUUCGUUCCUUUUUCUGAAGACUCAGGAAGAAAAGGAAAAAGAGGAA